GGCGAGCCCGCGGAGCCCUGCCCCGGAGGCGCGGCGGGCAGAAGGCUGAGGGGUCCUCCUUGCCGUCAGGGGGCGUCGCAACCCCGCUGUGAGGCGUCGUGCGUCCAUGGCAACCGGCGGCGUCACGGGGGGCGGCGGAAGAGGAAGAGCGGGGCUGCUCGGUCACCAUCUGUCGCCAUGCCGAGUCCCCGGAGCAGCCGUGAGCGACGCAGCGGCAGCAGCAGCAGCGGUAGCAGCAACCGUCUGGAGUUCCUGUCCCUCGUAAGCCAGCGCAGCGCCAGCGUCCCGGACAGCCCAUCGCGCCGCAGGGAGUCGAGUAACUCCACGGCGGGCCCGCUGCCCGAGGAGGACUGCAUGAAACUCAACCCCUCCUUCCUGGGCAUUGCCCUCAGCUCCCUGCUCGCCAUCGACCUCUGGGCCUCCAAGCGCCUGGGCGUCUGCGCUGGAGAGAACUCGGCCUGGGGCAGCGCACGCCCCCUCAUGAAGGUCAUCGAGGUUUCUGGGCACGGCAUCCCCUGGCUGCUCGGCACCUUCUGUGGGCUCUGCCAGAGCGACAGCUCCGCGGCCAGGGAAGUGCUGCUCAACUUGCUCUUCGCACUGCUGCUGGACCUCGUGCUGGUGGCAGUGGUGAAAGGGCUGGUCAAGCGGCGGCGACCCACUCACAACAAGAUGGACAUGUUCGUCACCAUCUCGGUGGACAAGUACUCCUUCCCGUCGGGCCACGCCACCAGAGCCGCCCUCGUCUGCCGCUUCGUGCUGCGCCACCUGGUGCUCGCCGUCCCGCUGCGGGUCCUGGUGGUGCUCUGGGCUCUCAUCGUCAGCAUCUCAAGGGUGAUGCUGGGCAGGCACAACAUGACGGACGUGCUCUUCGGUUUGGUGCUGGGCUACGCCCUGUACAGCGUGGUGGAGUACUGCUGGCUGUCCCCACUCAGCGCACCUGCCCUCUUUGCGCUCUGGAGCCACUGAUGGCUGGGUACCGCCCAAAGGAGGAGGCAUGCGCCUGGCUUUCUAAGCACGCACAAGGAGAGGAUAAUGGAACUCGAUUUCUCAUCCUAAGACCCCCAUCUGUUCAGCCAAGACUUCAACACUAGUGGUGCUGCAGGCUUCUGGGCCCACACUUAGGACAUUUGGUGCUGUCUUGCCCUCUUGAUGAGCUGUCAGAAAGGCCCAAGCAGCUGCAUUGAUUGUUCUCCCAUGAAAAAGGAGGCCCUGCAGAGUCCAGGAAGGCCUCAGCACAUCCAUCUGGCAGCUCACUGCUGAUACUGUGAAUCUGCAUGCUCUUGCUGGGUACCUGCUGCAUUAACCCAUGGUGUUUGUAGUAGCUGUAGCUUUGCAGAGAUUUCUCUCCAGUCACCUGUGUAUUUGUGUGUUGUAAAUACACUGACUGUGUCAGUGUCAUAUGCCCUGCACAGCCUGCUCUGUGUUUGCCUGGAGGAGACUCACUGGGGUCUGUCUUGGGUUUAUAAAGAGCUUUGCCUUCUUAAGCAAUGCA